CUACUUCGCCUAUGCCUAAGGCCGGCCGUGAUUGCGGAAAUGGAUUUAAAUCACAGCAGCCUUUUCGGGACUAUAGAAGAUCUGCAGGACCUUUCUAUCGUUGAAAGACCAGUACGCAGAAGUCUAAAGACACAAGAAGAAAUUGAAAGGUUGACGGUUGAUGAAGAGCUCAGUGACAUUGAAAGAGCUGUUUAUCUUCUCAGUUCCGGUCAAGAUGUCCAGACACUUAGUGUUGCUAUAAACCUGCCAAAAUUGGUACAACAACAUGCUUCCGAGGCAAUCCGAAGGGUAGUGCCAAAGCUCAGAGAAGUGCUACAUGUUGCGGGAGUGGAAAUGCAAAUAACUACUUCAGUGUCGUUUCUGACAAUUUUUCAAGAAGAGUCUGUAUCUGUUCAAGCUUACACAUGUUCGUUUUUGCAGAUCAUUCUGCAAAGCCUAGAUAACAAGGACCCAGGUGCCAGCACCGCAUGGCUAGAAACACUGUUAUUAGUUAUUGAUGGCUUACCAAAGGAAAUCAUCAGACAAGAGAUUCUAAACCCUCUAGUUACCAAAGCACAACUUUGUCAGACAGUUCAUUCACGUUCAGCAAGCUGUAAAAUAUUGGGAAAGAUUGCUACAAAAUUUGAGCCACAUGUACUUAAAAAAGAUAUACUUCCAUUGGUCAAGUCACUUUGCCAGGAUGUUGACUAUGAAGUUCGGUCCUGCAUGUGUCGACAGCUGGAGAAUAUAGCACACGGAACAGGGACAGAAGUGACUAAAACUACAGUCCUCCCUGAACUGGUAGAGCUCUUUAAGGAUGAAAGUAGCAGUGUACGUCUUGCAGCAUUUGAGACCAUAGUUAAUGUAAUAGAAUUAGUUGACCGAGAUGACAAACGUCAAAUAGUUCUUCCUUUGGUGAAAUCAUUCUGUGAAAAAUCAUUCAAGACAGAUGAAUCUGUUCUUAUAUCGUUAUCACUGCACCUAGGCAAAGUCUGCCAUGGGCUUUCAGGUAUUCUUACAACUGAGCAACAUUCAUGGUUUUUGGCAUUGUACAGAAAGCUUUGUAUCUUGGGUGUGCAGCAAGAAAAUGGACAUAAUGAAGGCCAGAUUCAGGCCCUUUUCCUAGAACUGGAGAAGACAUGCAUCACAGUGCGUAAAAACUGUGCAUACAACCUCCCAGCUCUGGUAUAUUUUGUGAAGCAAAAACAUUUCCAUACAGAACUGCAUUCUACAUUUGUCUGCCUCUGUCAUGACCCAGAAGUUUCUGUGAGGUGCACUGUGGCUAAUGGCUUCCAUGAAGUCUCUAAGCUUCUGGGCUCCAGUGUUCAUCUGAUAAACAAGGAGCUGAUUGCACUAUUACAAGAUGAAGCCAUAGAGGUUUUAAAUGCACUCCUGGAGCAUCUUCCAGAAAUACUUGAAGUUAUGAUCACAGGUGGUGACUGUGCUGGAUCAGAAAAUAAGCUAGUGGCAGUUCAUGACUUAAUCUCAGCACUUAUAACAGCAGAACAAAGAGCUGCGGCAUCACUCAAGUGGAGAAUCCAUGAAAAGUUAAUAAGAAAGUUUUCGUGUUUGCCUCAAGUCCUGUCAAGCGACCAGAUCUACUACAGUUUCCUUCAUAGAAUGUUUACAAUCUUCAUGACCAAUCAUGCCUUACCUGUCCAAAGAGCAGCUGCCCACACUUUGUGUAUUUUUUUACGAUAUAAUCGCAAACAGGAAGAACGACACGAAAUAAUUAAUAAACUAAUUCGAGAGCUUGGUCAGGGGAAAAGCUAUUGGAACAGACUUCGCUUUUUGGACACUUGUGAAUAUGUGAUGGAGCUAUUUUCUAAAUCUUUCUUCUGUAAAUACUUCUUUUUACCAGCUCUUGAGCUUGCCAAUGAUUCUGUUGCUAAUGUAAGAAUAAAGCUGUGCUAUUUGCUGCCAAAGCUGAAAUCUAAAUUGAAACUACCUUCAGACAGGCAUCUACUACAGCAGCUGGAAUUAUGUGUGAGGAAAUUACUGUGUCAAGAAAAAGAUAAAGAUGUCAUGGCUGCUAUCAGAAAAAUCGUUCUGGAAUUAGACAGAAUGGAAACUGUAAUAGAACCAUUCCAUAAAAGACUUCAAGAAAAAGACAUAAUAGAUCAGAAGAAAGAAAGAGAAGAAAACUUGCUUCUGGAAAUGGAGCAAAUGGAAAAAGACAAACAGCAGAGUGAAGUGAAGUCCAGUGAAAAAUUUGUGGACAAAAAACGCAGAGACAGUAAAGCAGGACCAACUAUGAUGAAACACAGUCCAAGUGCUGGUUCUGGGAACCCCUCAAAUACUGCAAUUGGUAAGAAUGCAGGCAGAUUGUUUUGUUGUGUACAGUUUAGAUAUUCAGGAAAUAUGGUGCAUUCCAUGAAAUACUAA